UAAAAUCCUUCGGUAAACGGGAAACUCCUUUCAGUCCCACCAAUCUCCCGAAUGAAAGGUCGAAAAAAGACUCCCGCCAUUGACGCAUUUGUCCAUUCUUCUUAAGCACGACCAAAAAACUGCAGAGUAUAGAAAAAAAACCCAAAAAAAAGAAGAAGAAAAGCAAAAAUAUUGGAUAAUACUAAAAUAAGAAAGUCGGGAAACAAGAUUCGUGGAUGAAAGGGAAAUCGAAGAGCUCGAAGACAAAGCUAGGGUUGCCAACUGCCCUUCUUUUGUGCUCACUCUCAUUCCUUGCUGGCUUGUUUGUUUCCAACUUACUCUCUCAGGAUGUGCCGAUUAUUAAACCCAGGCUGAGACGGCUGGAGAUGGUGCAUGAGGAGGGUAAGGAGUACCGUGAUCCGAUGCCAAACGGAGAAACUGGGGAGAGUUUGAUUGAAUCUAUUCCGUUUCAGGUUUUAAGUUGGAAACCACGAGCUUACUAUUUUCCCAGCUUUGCAACCACAGAACAAUGCGAACAUGUAAUUGCAAUGGCAAAAUUGAACCUUAAACCAUCUACUUUGGCUUUGCGCAAGGGAGAAACUGCAGAAAGCACUAAAGGAACUAGAACAAGUUCAGGAACUUUUAUUAGUGCAUCAGACGAUGAAACUGGGACCUUGGACUUGAUUGAGAAAAAAAUUGCAAAGGCUACAAGCAUCCCACAGAGCCAUGGAGAGGCAUUUAAUAUUUUGCGAUAUGAGAUCGGACAGAAGUAUGAUUCCCAUUAUGAUGCAUUCAAUCCGUCUGAAUAUGGUCCGCAGUCAAGCCAAAGGGUUGCAUCAUUCUUGCUGUAUUUAUCUGAUGUAGAAGAAGGUGGAGAAACCAUGUUCCCUUUUGAGAAUGAUCAUAGAAUUAAAGGCUAUGACUACAAACAAUGUGUAGGUUUAAAAAUAAAGCCACGAAGAGGCGAUGGACUUUUAUUCUAUUCACUCUUUUUGAAUGGCACGAUUGAUCGGACAUCUCUUCAUGGAAGCUGUCCAGUGAUCAAAGGGGAGAAAUGGGUUGCUACAAAGUGGAUUAGAGACCGAGAGCAAAAUGACUAACAAAGUUGCUGUAAAAUUCACACAUUAUCAAUGUUGUUAUUAAUCACCACAUGCCUCUAUUUUGGAAAUGGAUAAUUUCUUCGUGAAUUCACGCCCAUUUAUCUACUCUUGUUUUUACUAUUGGCAACAGCCCCAUGGCUCGCCCUCGCCAUGGACAUCUUUUGUAAGAAAAUAUAAAUGACUGUUUUAAAA